AUGGAAAAAGUAAAAAUCCAAUCAAGCUGUUCUUUCUUUAUCGAUGGUCCUGGUGGGACAGGUAAAACUUUUUUAUACAAAACACUUUUAGCUGCUGUAAGGUCUCAAAAUUUAAUUGCUUUGACAAUCGCAUCUUUUGGAUUGGCUGCAUCUCUAUUACUUGGAGGUCAGACAGUACAUUUGAGGUUUAAAAUUCCUUUAGAAACAAUUUUUGAGGUUAGUUGUUAUGUCCGAAAGCAAUCGGCUUUGGGAAAUUUGUUGAAAAUGUCUAGGUUAAUAAUUUGGGAUAAAGCACCCGUGAUAAAUAGUUGUGUUGUUGAAGCUGUAGAAAAUAUGCAUAGGGAUAUUAUCGAUUGUAAUAUGCCUUUUGGUGGGAAAGUAAUGGUUCUAAGAGGCGAUUUUCGACAAGUUUUACCAGUGGUUCCAAGAGGAAAACAGGAGGACAUAAUGAAAGCUACCUUAGUAUUUUCAGACCUAUGGCUUUUGUAUUUGCAUCUACCAUUGGUCCAGAAUAUGAGAGCAAAGUUGGAUCCAGUGUCUUGCGAUUACUUACUUAGAAUUGGAAAUGGAAUGGAGCAAGAACAUACUUGUAAGAACAUUAAGCUUCCCGACAACAUAAUCUUGCCAUUUGAGGAAGAAAUCACAUCUUUAAAAAAAUUGAUACAUCAUGUUUUCCCAAAUAUAGAAGCAUGUGGUGAUAAUUUACAGACUAUGGCAAAUCAUGUAAUUCUUACACUUACAAAUGGAUGUAUUGAUUAUAUUAACAAAAUUUUGCUUGAUCAAAUUUCUGGUGAAAUUUGA